CGUCCGCGUGGUGCGUUCCGGGGCGGCCCCGGCGGGAGGGCGGUGGCGGCGGCGGCGGCAGCGCAGUCUGCACCAUGGCGUACCCGGGGCACCCUGGCGCCGGCGGCGGGUACUACCCUGGCGGGUAUGGAGGGGCCCCCGGAGGCCCUACGUUUCCCGGACAAACUCAGGAUCCGCUGUACGGUUACUUCGCUGCUGUAGCUGGACAGGAUGGGCAAAUAGAUGCGGAUGAAUUGCAGAGAUGUCUGACCCAGUCAGGCAUUGCUGGAGGAUACAAACCUUUUAACCUGGAGACUUGUCGGCUUAUGGUUUCAAUGCUGGAUAGAGAUAUGUCAGGAACAAUGGGUUUCAAUGAAUUUAAAGAACUCUGGGCUGUGCUGAAUGGCUGGAGACAACACUUCACCAGUUUUGACAGCGACAGGAGUGGAACAGUAGACCCUCAAGAACUGCAGAAGGCCCUGACCACAAUGGGAUUUCGGUUGAGUCCCCAAGCCGUGAAUUCAAUCGCAAAACGAUACAGCACCAAUGGCAAGAUCACCUUUGACGACUACAUCGCCUGCUGUGUCAAACUACGAGCUCUGACAGACAGCUUUCGAAGACGGGAUACUGCUCAGCAAGGUGUUGUGAAUUUCCCAUAUGAUGACUUCAUUCAGUGCGUCAUGAGUGUUUAAAUCAAGAGGAAGCUGCGUGAACAUAACCAACAUUCCGACUGGAGUCCUCCUUUGCUCUUACUCUUUGCCUUCCAUAAUGUGUGUAACUUGCAUCGCUGCUCUUUCUUAAGAGCCGUCAUAAAGGUUUAUUACUUUAUGUGCAACUGAGGUUUUUAGUAUUGAUAAUAAAUUCUGUGGAAUUUUACUAAUAUAA